AUGUCUGGACUAGCGGCAGUACUAUUGCACUUGCUAAUUGUCAGUAGUUGGCAUGGAUCGCUGGCAAGACCCAACGAGGAUUGUGAUCGCUACUGCUUCUCGACGAUGAGGACAGUAAUGGACCAUGUUGUCGCCGACCAUGAUCAAAAUAGCACUUGUAAGGCUGCGAAUGAUACCCGUAAAGGACAAAACGAGAUCAAAGUUCAGUUGGCCGCCUUGCAAGAAGCUGUGAGCAGCGUAAGGGCUUCUCAGGAGUCCAAGGAUGUAAAGCUGGACAGGAUCAAGAGUCAGCAGGUUAACAUGCAGGAGUCUAUACAGAGGUUAAUUCCUAAUGUCCUUCAGGAAAAACUGGGCAGGACGGAGAGCCAAAUGAAAGCCUUAGAAAGUAAUAAGAUGGAGCAAAGGCAAAGGCAGAUGUGGGAAUCAGAUGAGUCCUGGUCCCAGCAAAGCGGUAUUUGCCAAAAUAAAGAUGAGUAUAAAAUAGUGGAGUAG